AUAUUAACGAGUGUAACGAGGAUCCCAACAUCUGCCUCUUUGGGUCCUGUACGAACACCCCAGGAGCUUUCCAGUGCAUCUGUCCCACGGGUUUUGUGCUGUCUGAUAAUGGGCGGAGGUGCUUUGAUACCCGUCAGAGCUUCUGUUUCACCAACUUUGAGAAUGGGAAGUGCUCAGUGCCAAAGGCUUUCAACACCUCAAAAGCCAAGUGUUGCUGCAGUAAAAUGCCAGGAGAAGGAUGGGGUGAUCCUUGUGAGCUCUGUCCAAAGGAGGAAGAAGUUGCUUUUCAGGACCUGUGCCCAUAUGGUCAUGGAACUAUUCCUGGAAUUGAUGAUACACGUGAAGAUGUCAAUGAAUGUCUUGAAAGCCCAGGAAUUUGCUCCAAUGGUCACUGCAUCAAUACUGAUGGAUCAUUCCGCUGCGAGUGCCCCAUGGGGUACAACUUGGAUUUCACAGGAGUGCAUUGCAUAGAUACAGAUGAAUGUUCCAUUGGCAACCCCUGUGGAAACGGGACGUGCUCUAACGUGGUUGGCAGCUUUGAGUGCAGCUGUCAUGAAGGAUUUGAGCCAGGCCCAAUGAUGAAUUGUGAAG